GGUAGCUCUAAACGAUUAGCCUAAUGUCUUUCAUUGAUAGAAUUUUGUUUAUCUUCGUGUUGCUGAGCUUGUGUGGCUUCUCGUCCACGUUUGCCGACACCAAUAUUUAUGUGAAGCUCUUCCCUGGUAAGGAAUUGUGUCUUGCGCACUUUGUCUUUCGUGACCCUGAAGCCUCACCUGUUCAGGUGGGAUUUGUCCACCGAGCCAUUUCCCCCCGUUUGAGCUAUAUUCACGCAAAACUCUACGGCCCCAGUUCAGAUAUCAAUACACGCGGACCUGAAAUUCCGCUCCAGGACCCGAUUGAUACACUAGGUCAUAUUACUACAAUUUACUUCCAUGCAGAGGAAACUGGUGUCUAUACGGUCUGCCUCCGAUCACUUCGCCAAGCCCCUGUUAUGGGCUUUGAAAUUAGCUUUGUAACGGACAACGAAAUGGUGGAGCCGCUCUAUCUAGAAGAUGGCGCAAUGGCGGUCGACAAGCCGGUAGAUAUGGAAGAUUACAAGGAUCGUCUAAACAUGCUUAAAAUAUGUGUAGAGGAAACACGCGACGAGGUUCGCAGCAUCCAGGUCCGUCGGUUUAUGUUUGAACACACUACAAAAUCCAUCAUGAUGUUAACAGUCGGGACAUUGAUGUUUAAUAUGAUAAUUGCGGUGGUUCUAUUUUUAUGGUCGGAGCGUUACAUGGAAAGAGUUUUCAUGAAAAAAAGGAAAAAUGAAUAG